GUCAGGCAUCACUGCCAAGCUUGCAGGAAGCUUGAUGAGUCGCCGUACUCUCAACCUCAGUUGUGGUUUCAGGCUCCGAACGCUUGCUGACUGUAGCAACCCCACAGACUAGCACCAUCAUGAUCACUGUUUACAUAUCUUCCGUUACUCUCAAGAAAGAGCUCCAUUCUCAACAAAACCACAUAGAGACGGUAUUGCGUGGCAAGCAUGUGGCUUACCAGCUUAUCGACAUCGCAUCUAACCCCGCCUACAAAGACGAGAUGCGAGCACGAUGUGGUGAUGAGACAGCACUGGCACCUCAGAUCUUUAAUGGGGAUUUUCACUGUGGGGACUACAAAUCUUUUCAGCAAGCAGUGGAGGAGGAGAGGAUACUUGAAUACCUCAGAGUGUCUUGAUCUGUGGUACCGUUCUGGGACUAGCAGCCUGAUCUGCACAUCUAAAGAAGACCGUGGAAGUAUUGUCAGGAUAAGCUGACAUGCAUCUUUUUUGUAUUUACUAUUAUUUUUAUUGCUGCAUUUACUCUGCGAAAGCAAGCACAUUUAAAUGUUUGUGAGUGCUCUCCUCAGUUCUGAAAACAAAUUUCCAUUAAGUUCAGGUUGUACACUAUAUUUAUUAACAAUAUUCAUCUGUGUGUGGAAGACUUCCUGAAUCUCAAAUUUCCUUUUGCAUUUUUAAUAAGACUUUGAAAAGCACUGCACACACACACACAUGGAUACACAACUGAGAAGAUAAAAAAAGUAUAAGAGUACAGGCAGGUGUGGAUAGGGGUAAAAUCAAGUAACAGGAUGGAAUAAACAUUCUUAAACCUAUAUCUAUAGUGAUGGCAGUAGCUGGGGAAAGAGGGAACUGUUGCUGUAUGUUAUUGAUGCCCUGUAUUAAGAACUGGAAAGAGUGUAAGCUAAUAACCAUUUCGGGAUUUAUUUUCCCCUUUUGCACAAACCUCUGCUUAGCUCAUUAUAAAAUUCUCUGAGAUGAUGAUUUACAGUGUACUGUUUAUUUAUAAAAAAAAAGCUUGAUGAAAAGUGUAUUUUUUUCCCCCAACAUGCAUUAAAAUGUUUUGAAUUCACAUUAUUGUCUGGGCAAUGGCUUGAUUUGCUUUUUAAAAAUCUGUAUACAGAUAAAAUAUUACUUUGGUACCUAUAUAAAUAAAAAUUUCUCAUGUAACUGAUUUUUGUUUUUAUGGUUUUUAUUAUUUGAUAGGGUCAAAUCACUGAACAAUGAAUGUCAUACAGUUCACAUUUAACUUCAAGCAUAGGGUGAAGGCCAAAGCUUCAUGUUUUGGUCUGAAGCCUCUCUUCUUAGGUUGUAUAAGUCCUUUAUAAGCAUUUAUUAAGUAGAAAUUAAGCUGAAAUGUGCUAAGAAAGUGUUUGAACUGAUUUAUACUUUACAAUUUUUAAUAUAUAUAUAGGUAUAGGUACAUGUAUAGGUGCCUUAAAAUACAUUUAGCAUAUUUGGAUACAUCAUCUCUUUCCACUUUCUCCCUCACACUCCACACACACAAACUCAUGUUUUAUUUAAAGCAUUUUUUAUGUCAUUUAGCAUGAAAAUUACAUAUGCCUGACACACAUAAAUGUAUGAUGGUUAAUGUGCAAAAUAAAAAUGAUCAUCUCUU